CGUCGGAUGAUUCGACGACACGUGAUGGAGCGAGUCGGCGGAGGCACGGAAAGCGAAACGCUCUGCUGCUGCACCACCCACCGCCACCGCCCGUUGUUUGUUCCCCCGCCCCGGUCCCCGGUUUACUGAUGUGACCGACACGUCCGGAGUUUGACCGGCCCACGUAGCAAACACCAGUCGCGAUUUGUGAGGCUGGGUGGGGCCCGGCCGGUGGUUCACCGCAGAUUGGCUGAGGCGGCUUCCGCUGGGUGCAAGUGCAGCACUGGCGUGUCGACUUCGCUUACGGAAAAGUAGCUCUCCUUGCACAAGAACAUCUGCAUGAGAUUAUGGAGAUCUCCAGCGCACAUCACCAGCUCCUGCUUGGAGUGUUGGUUGUCGGUGAUACCAGUUCUUCUCCGAUCACUUCAUUCUAUUCAACCGGAGAAACGUCACGGGAGUCGGCGGCCAUGGCUAGCCUUCCACUUGAAGGAACUCUAACUGGGUGCCAAAAUCUACAGAGGCAGCAGCAGCAGCAGGAGAGGAAGGUUAGGCCACAACCAGAGCAAUCCCUCAAGUGCCCCAGAUGCGAGUCCACCAACACCAAGUUCUGCUACUACAACAACUACAGCCUUUCCCAGCCAAGGCACUUCUGCAAGGGCUGCAGGAGAUACUGGACCAAAGGUGGCUCUCUAAGGAACGUCCCUGUUGGAGGUGGCUGCAGGAAGAACAAGAAGUCUUCUUCCAAGAGGCCACAGCACCAGUCCUUCACCACCAUCUCUAACCCACCACUCCUUGCUUAUGACCCCAGUGGCCUCAGCCUGGCCCUGGCAAGCCUCCAGAAACAACACCACGACCCAGGGCGUUCGCUGGAUGACCACGAAACCUUCCUUCUCGGAAACCCUAUUCUUGAUGAUCCUACAGCACCUCCUGCAGGGUUCCUUGACAUGAUGAGGACUGGGUUUCUUGAUGGCACCACUGAUUACUCGAGCUCCUUCCACAACCUCUACUGUGGAUAUGGUGGCAAUGGCAGUACUGACGUAGAGGUGGGUUUGCCCUUUGGUGGAGGACUGGGUGGCGCAACCACAACAACUGCUACGACUGUGACCACUACCAGCCAGCUCUCCUGCAGGGACUUGGAUAGAGAGGAGGACAAGAUGUUGGUGGGUCUCCAAUGGCAGGUGGGAGGAGAUUGCAACAUGGCUUUGGACUCUACCAGAGAUCACUGCAGCUGGAAUGGUACUGUUGGUUCAAACUGGCACAGUCUCAUCAACAGCUCCCUCAUGUAGACAGGUGAAACCAUCCAGGCAUACAUAAGAUCAGAUGUCAAGUGCUUCUCUGGUUAUCAUCAAUCUUCUUUCUUUUGCAUGCGUUUCGUUACUUCCUUUACACUGUUUGCUAGCCCUGAGUGUCGAGUGGAUAAGUAUUGUGUAAUUAACGGAGGGAAAUAGAGGAUGGAUGGAUAAUAAGUUCUU